AUGGCAGCAGUGGCCGUACUGCGGAAUGAAACACUCCAGGCUUUUCUCCAGGAUCGCACUCCAAACUCCUCUCCAGAGAACUGUAAGCAUUCCCCGCUGGCUCUCCUGGCGGCCACUUGUAACCGGAUCGGGCAUCACCACGGAUCCAACCACACAGAUUUCCUCCAGGUCCCGUACGACCCAACUCUGGGCUCCCCUUCGCGUUUAUUUCACCCGUGGACUAACGAGGGACCGCCGCAGAGCAGCCUGGCAGCCAACUCAACUUUCGGACUAUCCUCCAAGCCGCAGCUGUCUGCGCACAUCCAGAGCUCCUUCAGCUCGCACCACGAACUGCCCCUCACCCCUCCGGCGGACCCCUCGUACCCCUAUGACUUCUCCCCCGUGAAGAUGUUACCAUGCUCCAUGCAGUCUCUGCAGUCCUCCUGUCCUCCCACCUACGUCCCCGCCGUCAGCUACGCAGCCCCGACUCCCAUCCCGCCUGCGAUGCCAAGUUUUGUCACAGGACACUCCGGCCUUGUGCACCAGCAGCAGAGACAGUUGUCCCCAAAUCCCGGAGAGGAUAUUCCAUGGUGGAGCCUGCAGCAGGGGAACCAUGUCACCCACUCUUCCUCCCUCGGUCACCAUCGCUUCCAGCUGCAGAGGGGCUUGGUUCUGGGACAUACGGACUUUGCGCAAUACCAGACGCAAAUAGCGGCUCUGCUGCACACCAAGUCUCCCCUCGCCACUGCGCGGCGGUGCAGGAGGUGCAGGUGCCCGAACUGCCAGUCCUCCACGUCCAGCGACGAGCCCGGGAAGAAGAAGCAGCACAUUUGUCACAUACCGGGCUGCGGGAAAGUUUACGGGAAAACUUCUCACCUCAAAGCGCACCUGAGGUGGCACUCUGGAGAGAGGCCGUUUGUGUGCAACUGGCUGUUCUGCGGCAAGAGUUUCACCAGGUCGGACGAGCUGCAGAGACACCUGAGGACUCACACGGGGGAGAAGCGCUUUGUUUGCCCGGACUGCUGCAAGAGGUUCAUGAGGAGUGACCACUUGGCAAAACAUGUGAAAACUCACCAGAACAAAAAAACCAAGUGCCACGACAAGACACUCGACCAUGUCAAAAGGGAGGACACGAGGAAUAUGUUGUAA